AGGGGGCGGUUCCCAUAGCAACCGCGGGUGGGCUCCGCCGCCGCCGCCGCCGCCGCGAUGUCCUUCAAGCGGGAGGGAGACGACCCCGGCCAGCUGGGAGUGCUGCAGAGGAGACGCAUCGCAGACCUGCUGGCCAACUACAUCCCGGAGGAGGAGGCCCUGCUGCUGCGGAGUGGGAGGUAUGCCUGCACCGUCUGUGCUCACCGCCCUGUCUUCGACACGCUGGAGGUGCUGACGGUGCACAGGGCUGGCAAGAAGCACCAGAGCAGCCUGCAGCGCUUCUACGGCAGGAAGGGCUCAGCCCAGGACGUGACCCAGCAGCACUGGCAGGAGGAGGAGGUGCAGGCAGAGGAGGAGGGCUCCCCAGCCCCUCUGUUGGCACGGACCAGGAGGAUCACUCACAGUGCACUGCUGAAAGCUGCUCCCUACAGCAGCUGCUGCAGGAGGGCAGGGGUGCCUGGAAGCAGCUCUCGAGCUGCUGUGGCCCAGGCAGGGCCAACCUCUGCCCUGCCUCUGCCAGAGCCACCCCAGGAGGACAGAGGAGCCACAGCUGCCACCCCUGUGGCACUGCUGCCAGGGCACCGCCGCGGGCGGGCAGACACCCCUAGGGCAGCUGCAGCCCGGAAGCAGCGAGGGGGCAAAGGAAAGGCCUCGGUGGCAGCCCCCAGCCCGCCCCAAGCCCCCAGCCCCACACGGCGCCAGGCCCUGGAGCGCUACCUGCAGCUGCGGAGCUCUGGCUGGCUUCAGGACCCCUCUGGCAAGUGGGUGAAGGAUGAGACAGUUGAGUUCGACUCGGACGAGGAGGAGCCUCCAGCGCUGCUGCCCCCAGCCUGA